AUGAACGACACUCAGACCGCGGGUCAUGGCUUUUGGAGGUACCUGAUCAAUCCCGACAAGAGCGCGACAACACAGCUUGAACAGCUAUGCUUGGGCCUUGCCAAAAUCAUCCCUACGCUCGAGCCUGGACCUAAUGACGAACUCACACCGCAACGCCUGGCUGCCUUUUACAGAGCAGUCGGCGGAAAUUACGACGCUUUGUUCCUGAAGACCUCUGAGAGUGCCCUGUCUUUCAUGUACCAGACACUGGGGUGUUUCCACAGCCUCCAGCCAACCCCAAGCCCUUUCGAACACCCGAAAAUACCUUGUCUCACCCCAGCUGGCUUUGCUCGUUGGCAGACUAUCCAAAUCCUACUAUGUCCCGAAGAAAAUGUGGGAUUCAUGCAAAAGGCGGUGCAAAGAUGGAAUGUUGCAAUGCCCAAUGGCAACAUCUUCCCAAAGUACAUCCCAGAAGGCGUCUUUCCAGCUAAAGCUGACGAAGAGAUGGAGAACUGGCACAAAGAUGUCACUGGGCGAUUGAAUCAGCAGAAGUACAUGCACCGUCUCAAGAACUCACCUCACCAUUCUCCGUACCCGGACCUAUACGACCGGAAAGAUGGCUAUUUCUCUGGACAUCAGCCGGCACGACACUCGCGGAGCAGUUCUAGAGACGAUCAAGAUAACAUGGACGCAUUUCGCAGACGAAGCAGUGUCCCCAACUUUCCGUCUCCAGGAGAACGGGCACCACAUUGGGAUCCAAGAGCCACCAAUGAGGCACGAAAAGCGCGCAGUCAUUCUGCACAAAGGCCUCCACCUCCACCCACUCGUCAGCGUUCUCAAACCACCUCAGGGCCGACAAGAAGCCAUCUCCAGCAGAGCGCGGUGCACAGUCCUCCGCAAAGUAGACGGGGGGUCAAUCCUAACGAUCCCGCCUCAAGACGGUCGUCUGCGCAUGCGUUCCAAUAUCGUUCACCUGCACGCACGCCAUCGACUGUGGAUGAAGACACUGGCAGCGAGGCCAGCUCGGAGACAUCUCAGCCGGGUCGUCGUCAUCGCAAAUCCGACGAAGACCGAAAGAGUCGUCCCUCUUCCUCUUCCUUAUGGUUGCCUUCUUUUAUGAGGUCACACAAACGGCGUCAUUCAUCAGAUGCAGGUUCCCGAGCACCAGCUCCCAAACAUUCACCUUUGCGCCCUGAACACCACCCACCACGGGCGCUCAAUGCUUCUCAACACCCCUCUCAGCCGCAUUAUCGAGCUGGUGGUCCUCAUUGGCGUGAUACAAGCUAUGAUAGUGACCCAACGCUGUCAAGUCCCACAACGGCCACACAAGCGCAAGCACAAUUUGACCCUCGUGGACCCUCUAUCCGUUAUCCUGAUCAGUCUACUUUCGAGCCAUUGACUCGACACAGCAGCGCCGGCAGUCAGCCGGACCAAAGGUAUCGACCGGUUGGGACUACCAUGACAGGCGUGUCCGGAAGAAGAUAUCCCACUGCUGACCCAAUGAAUCCUAUAGACCGCCAGCGAACACAUGCUUCAGGCCGUGGUGGUGUUCCGGCCAUGGUCUGA